UCCCAGAAUCCUCGGUGGAGGAGAAGCGCGUUCACGCGUGCUGCACGCAGCGCAGUGUGGAACAUUUAGGCAACGUGGUCUGGUGCUCUGCAGGGCAGCGUGCGCGCUUGUGCUUGUCCCGCCGCGGCCUUGCGGGCUUGGGGGGCCGCACAUCGGGUCUUUUUCCGUCGGGAUAAGAGCUCGCGGCGGGUCGCGCAGCGCCCGGACCCGGCCUAACCAUGCUGGUGCUGUUUGAAACGUCCGUCGGCUACGCCAUCUUUAAGGUUUUGAAUGAGAAGAAACUUCAAGAGGUUGAUAGUUUGUGGAAAGAAUUUGAAACUCCAGAGAAAGCAAAUAAAAUAGUUAAGCUAAAACAUUUUGAGAAAUUUCAGGAUACAGCAGAAGCAUUAGCAGCAUUCACAGCUCUGAUGGAGGGCAAAAUCAACAAGCAACUGAAAAAAGUUUUGAAGAAAAUAGUAAAAGAAGCCCAUGAACCCCUGGCUGUAGCUGAUGCUAAACUAGGAGGGGGUCAUAAAGGUAAACUGAAUCUCAGUUGCAUCCAUAGUCCUGUUGUUAAUGAACUUAUGAGAGGAAUUCGUUCACAGAUGGAUGGAUUAAUACCUGGGGUAGAGCCACGUGAAAUGGCAGCUAUGUGUCUUGGGUUGGCCCACAGCUUGUCCCGGUAUAGAUUGAAAUUUAGUGCUGAUAAAGUGGACACAAUGAUUGUCCAGGCAAUUUCCUUGUUGGAUGAUUUGGAUAAAGAACUAAACAACUACAUUAUGCGGUGUAGAGAAUGGUAUGGCUGGCAUUUCCCUGAAUUAGGAAAAAUUAUUUCGGAUAAUUUGACAUACUGCAAGUGUUUGCAGAAAGUUGGUGAUAGAAAGAAUUAUGCUUCGGCCCAACUUUCUGAAUUACUGCCAGAGGAAGUUGAAGCAGAAGUGAAAGCAGCUGCAGAGAUAUCUAUGGGAACAGAGGUUUCAGAAGAAGAUAUUUGCAACAUUCUGCAUCUCUGCACUCAGGUGAUUGAAAUCUCAGAAUAUAGAACACAGCUCUAUGAAUACCUACAAAAUCGAAUGAUGGCCAUUGCACCCAAUGUCACAGUCAUGGUUGGAGAAUUAGUUGGAGCACGGCUCAUUGCUCAUGCAGGUUCUCUUUUGAAUUUGGCCAAACAUGCAGCUUCCACAGUUCAGAUUCUUGGAGCAGAAAAAGCACUCUUCAGAGCUCUAAAGUCUAGACGGGAUACCCCUAAGUAUGGUCUCAUUUAUCACGCUUCGCUCGUAGGCCAGACAAGUCCCAAACACAAAGGAAAGAUUUCUCGAAUGUUGGCAGCCAAAACGGUUUUGGCUAUCCGGUAUGAUGCUUUUGGUGAAGAUUCCAGUUCUGCGAUGGGAGUUGAGAACAGAGCCAAAUUAGAGGCCAGGUUGAGGGCCAUUGAAGAUAGAGGGAUAAGGAAAAUAAGUGGGACAGGAAAGGCAUUAGCAAAAGCAGAAAAAUAUGAACAUAAAAGUGAAGUGAAGACUUAUGAUCCUUCUGGUGACUCCACACUGCCAACCUGUUCUAAAAAACGCAAGAUAGAACAGGUAGAUCAAGAGGAUGAAAUAAUUGAAAAGAAGGCAAAAAAAGCUAAGGUUAAAAUUAAAGUUGAAGUAGAAGAGCAAGAAGAAGAAGAGGAUGAAGAAGGAGUGCUAGUGGUGGAAGAACAGGAGACAUCUGUGAAGAAGAAGAAGAAAAAGGAUAAGAAGAAACACAUUAAGGAAGAACCGCUUUCUGAGGAAGAACCAUGCACCAGCACAGCGGUUCCUAGUCCAGAGAAAAAGAAGAAAAAGAAGAAGAAGAAAGGUAACGAGGACUAAUGGAAAGGAAUCACAGUUGGAUCACCUGGAUACAUCGUGCUUAAGAUUCAGUCAAGAGUAUGCCAGAGAUGCUCCCUAAGAUAAUCGAGGAGGAACAGAGGUUUAGUGAAACAAAGUGGUUACUCAUCUAUAGCUUUUCAAACCUACUUGUGUCUUGACAUCAACUCUGUUAACUUUAUUAUGUCAUUAUUUUUAGUCUUUGUAAUACAAAUAAAAAUAUUUUCUUGGUA